AUGCAGCUAACGAGCCCGCGCAGGACAAGACUGAACGGGGUGCUUUCUACUCGUUCCGGGGCCCAGCUUUGGAUCCAAAUAUCGGCGCUCAUCUUCCUUACCUUCUCGUGCUGGAUUUUGAUUGUGCACCGCAUCAGUCCGACCGCGCGCGCCUUGUCCCGUGACACGUUCAUAUCGACAUCACAUGCAUCGCGACCAGCCCCAGUCGUGCCUUCUGGUCUCAUGCCUGCCCACCAUUCUGGCGCUGGGCGUUCGCGGGAGAGCUGCGAGCCGCCAGCAAAACCCAAGUGGUCAUGGCCCCUGAGCCUCGGUCUGAUCCUCGCUCUCAGCCUUUCUGCCUCAAACAGCCGAGUUUCCGGCUCCAGCUUGCACAAAGCUUCACCACGUACAUUGAUCCCAAUCGCUAAGUCAAGGGUGAAGCUCCAAGCUUUUGCCGGUGGCUUGGAAGGGUGUGAUCAUCACGGGGCAGGGCGUUACGAGUUCGAUCCUUUGGACUUUUGUAACAACUUCCCCGAGCAUCUCCCCUGGUAUAGAGAGGCAGAGGUAAAGCAGGGGCGCGUUGCUAUGUUGGCUUAUGUUGGAUUGGUUGUUCCUGACUUUGCUCGCUUCCCGGAUGCAAUCUUCCACCAGAAGGGCACGGACGUUAUCAACGCCCACUCAAUUCUCUUGAGCGCUGGCUUUGGCAAAGGUCCGAUGUGGUGGCUUCUGAUGUUCUGUGGGCUCGCGGAGGCACUGCGUGUUUGGCAGCUUGGUGUGGAUUUCGAGCUCCUGACGCUGGACACCGCAGGCGAUUAUGCCAUGGGCGAGCCGUUUUUCCAGGAGGAAGACGAGUUAUCGAUUCUCAAGACGCAGGAACUGAAGCAUGGACGGCUGGCCAUGAUUGCAGUCGGUGGAGCAAUCACUCAAGCUGUUUCAUGCAACGCGCAUCAUUUUCCGUUUGUUCCAUGCAGUUCAUGCUAG